AUGCUGCGCUGCCAAGGCAUGUUGAAAAGCCGGUGUUACGUUUUGUUCAGUGACCUGAAGGUUUUCCUGCUCAGGCCACAGUCACCAGCACCAACGACGGCGCUCAAUCUCAUGAGCGGGCAAUCAACAGAGCGCUGUGCGGUUACUUCGUACGUCAACUCCGAUAAUAGCAACGCUGCGCGAGCACAUCGACUGGAGCAUUGGAAUGCCCUGUCGACAGAGGGGGCUGUGGGAACAGAGGCACAGCGAGAGGGGGCACUUUGGUCAGGAACGGCAGCAGAACUAUCUGAGGCUUUAAACUGCCGUUUCUCAUCUGAUGAGUUCUCCAAAGAUAAGCGCGACGAGAGGUUCUCUUUCCUUAGUUGCACUGAUGGCAUCAGGACCCCUGUGUGCAGGAUAUGUUUUCAAGGACCAGAGCAGGGAGAGUUACUGAGCCCCUGUCGCUGCAGUGGGUCAGUGCGCAGUACCCACCAACACUGCCUCAUUAAGUGGAUCAGUGAGAGAGGUUCCUGGACGUGUGAGCUGUGCUACUAUAAGUAUCAGGUCAUUGCCAUUAGCACUAAGAACCCUCUGCAGUGGCAGGCUAUUUCCCUGACAGUAAUAGAGAAGGUGCAGAUUGCGGCUGCCAUCCUUGGCUCCUUGUUUCUGAUUGCAAGCAUCUCUUGGUUGGUGUGGUCGUCUUUAAGCCCUUCUGCCAAAUGGCAAAGGCAGGACUUGCUUUUCCAGAUCUGUUAUGGCAUGUAUGGCUUCAUGGAUAUUGUCUGUAUCGCUCUAAUUGUCCACGAGGGUCCUUCCGUGUUCCGCAUAUUUAAUCGGUGGCAGGCUGUCAAUCAACAGUGGAAAGUAUUGAACUAUGACAAGACGAAAGACGGCGAGGACCUCAAUAAUGGUGAGGGGCAAUGGACCACGUCUCUCCUUAACGAGAGAGAACAGACUGGUGAAGGUAUGUCCACCUCCAGCUCCUCCCUCCAGCUUGCUGUUGCCGCAGCGUCGCCGACGGCAGCGACAGCCACCAACACGAACGCAACAGUUACAGGACAAUCCGUGCAGGACUCUUCAACUGGCAACGGUACAGCUGUGCCCGACCAACACUGUGCAUACAACAUCCUUCACCUGCUCAGCCAUUUACGGCAGCAAGAGCCCCGCAGUCAAGCCGGGAGUCACCCCCGAGAGUUAGUCAUGAGAAUUACCACAGUCUGA